GGCUCCCCUGGCUGGAGGAAGCGGUGCGGUGCCAGCCUGGGCUGGUUUCCGUGCUUACGUCCCUCCGGGUGUGUCACUUAAAAGCCCACACGGGAGCGGCACAGGCAAAUGCGAGUGGAGCUGAGCCGAAGAGUUGGUGGUGGUGGUGGCAGCUGAGAAGAGAUGGCCUCGGUGUCCCCCCCUGCAGCCUCCAUGCAGCCCACCUUGCCCUCCGGACCCGCCCUCUUCAAAACUGUCCCCUACGCGUUCAUGCUGCCGGAGAUAAUCUGUGGGACCUGGGUGUGGAUCCUUGUUGCUGCUACCUCCGUCUCCUUCCCACUGCUGCAGGGAUGGGUGAUGUACGUGUCCCUCACCUCCUGCCUCAUCUCCCUGCUGCUCCUCAUAAGCUACAUCUUCGGCUUUCACAAAAACAGUGAGAACUGGAAAGUGAUGGACAGUUUGUACCACGGUGCCACGGCCAUUCUGUACUUGAGUGCUUCUGUCUUGCAAGCCAAUGCGGCCAUUCGCUCCGAGUCGGAACGUGACUCUCCCAUUUACUACCAGCUCAACAGUGCUGCAACGUUUUUCGCCUUCAUCACUACUUUCCUGUACAUCCUUCACGCCUUCAGCAUCUACUACCAGUGAAAACACCAGUGAAGUAUCAGCUUCAUCUCUGCAGGAGGAGGGCUUUCCCAGCAGCAGGAUUGCAGCUGUCUUCCACUGAGGUGUCUCUGCCCUGGCCCUGUCACCCACCCCAGAGGGACGGCGAUUGCUUUUUCACUUCUUUGAAGGAGGAAUAUUUGUACAGAGGUGUCAUGUCCAGUGUGCUUGUGGGGACAUUUUGUGCCUUGCCCGUGGGCUACCCAAGGGGAAGGACUGGAUGCAGGCUCUGAGCCAGCCUCCCACUCCAACUUUCCAUCAAAUACAGAUAACCAAGGAAAGGGGGGAAAAAAAAAAAAAAGAAAAUUACUGUUCCUUCAGUAAACAAUUUUCUUUGUUGUAUUAUUUCCCUAUCUCUCAUGCAGCUAGAUCACCCCCCAACAUACAAACUC